CUGGGAUAGUAGGCUCGCCAUGGGGGAGCUUGUGCACUUGAGCAAGUUGAGAUGUGUGUCGGGUGCUUAAGGCCGUGGCGACUGCGCUGAGACAUGGAUAGAUGCAAACAUGUAGGGCGGUUACGGCUGGCCCAGGACCACUCUAUCCUGAACCCGCAGAAGUGGUGCUGCCUGGAGUGCGCCACCACCGAGUCGGUGUGGGCCUGCCUCAAGUGCUCGCACGUGGCCUGCGGCCGCUACAUUGAAGACCACGCCCAGGAGCACUUUGUGGAGACCGGACACUCACUGGCCAUGGAAGUCCGGGAUCUCUACGUGUUCUGCUACCUGUGCCAGGACUACGUGCUCAAUGACAACCCCGAGGGGGAUCUGAAGCUGUUGCGGAGCUCGCUGCUGGCGGUGCGUGGCCAGCAGCAGGAUCAGCCCGUAAGACGUGGGCGCACACUACGCUCCACGGCUACAGCCCUGGCCCCUGGCUCAGGCGAGGACACUGCCCUGUCCCGUGCGCCCCGGGGACAGCCGCAGAUGCUCGCGGCCCUGUGGCAUCGACGCCAGCGCUUGCUGGCCAGGACGUUGCGGCUGUGGUUCGAGCGCAGCUCACGGGGCCGCGCAAAGCUGGAGCAGCGACGGCGCGAGGAGGCGCGGGCACGGAGGCGGGAGGAGAAGCGGCGGCUGCUGGAGGAGCUGGCGAGCGCACCGCCGCGCAAAAGUGCGCGCCUGCUGCUGCACGCGCCACGCCCCGCCGUACCCGCACCCUCCGCACUCAAGUUGCGUCGCCAGCCCGCUGUGGCCCCAGGCGUCACGGGCCUGCGUAACCUGGGCAACACCUGCUACAUGAAUUCCAUCUUGCAGGUGCUCAGCCACCUCCGCAAGUUCCGCGAGUGCUUCUUGAACCUUGACCCAUGCACCACCGAGCACUUGUUCGCCCAGGCUGCCCACCGCAAGGCCCGGCUCUCAGCCCCGGAGCCACCAGUCAGGAGCGACCGAGCUGAGGCUUGUGGGCGCCACGGCCUCUGCUGGAACGGCGGGGCCUCACUCAGGAGGAGCCUGGAGCUCAUCCAGAACAAGGAGCCCAGCUCCAAGCACAUCUCGCUUUGCCAUGAGCUGCACACACUCUUUCGAGUCAUGUGGUCCGGUCGGUGGGCCCUGGUGUCGCCCUUUGCCAUGCUGCACUCCGUGUGGAGCCUCAUCCCUGCCUUCCGUGGCUACGACCAGCAGGAUGCACAGGAGUUUCUGUGUGAGCUGCUACAUAAGGUGCAGCAGGAGCUGGAGGCUGAGGGCUCUACGCGCCGGAUCCUCAUCCCCUUCUCCCAGAGGAAGCUCACCAAGCAGGUCUUAAAGGUGGUGAACACCAUCUUCCAUGGGCAGCUGCUCAGCCAGGUCACAUGUAUAUCAUGCAAUUACAAAUCCAAUACUAUUGAGCCUUUUUGGGAUCUGUCCCUGGAAUUCCCUGAGCGCUAUCACUGCAUGGAGAAGGGAUUUGUCCCUUUAAAUCAGACAGAGUGCCUGCUUACAGAGAUGCUGGCCAAGUUCACUGAGACAGAGGCCCUGGAAGGGAGAAUCUACGCUUGCGACCAGUGUAACAGCAAGCGGCGAAAAUCCAACCCCAAGCCCCUCGUUCUGAGCGAAGCUCGAAAGCAGUUAAUGAUCUACACACUACCUCAGGUCCUCCGGCUGCACCUUAAGAGAUUCAGGUGGUCUGGCCGUAAUCACCGUGAGAAGAUUGGGGUCCAUGUCGCCUUUGAGCAGGUAUUAACCAUGGAACCUUACUGCUGCAGGGACAUGCUCUCCUCUCUUGACAAAGAGACCUUUGCCUAUGAUCUCUCCGCAGUGGUCAUGCAUCACGGGAAAGGGUUUGGCUCAGGACACUACACAGCCUAUUGCUACAACACAGAGGGAGGUUUUUGGGUCCACUGCAAUGACUCAAAGCUGAAUGUAUGCAGUGUCGAGGAGGUGUGCAAAACCCAGGCCUACAUACUUUUUUACACUCAAAGAACAGUGCAGGGCAAUUCAAGAUUCUCAGAAACCCAUCUCCGAGCUCAGGUGCAGCCCAGCAACAAGGAUGAAGGCCGACCUCAGAGCCUCCCCUGAGCCAAGGCAGCAUCACAGACUGGCUGGCUGUCUAUGUGUUGGUGUCCAUUUAUCUGUCCUUGCAUAGGACAUAAAGGUUACUGCAGGAACAGAUUGCUAGGUUUGCCACACUGGGUCUAGAGUAGAAGGUGCCAGGUGACUCAUGUCCUGCAAGAAUAUUCGUAGUCACUUGCUUUUGAAUGCAUUUGGAAAUGUCCUCCUUUCCUGAAACACAAGGAGUGACUUCUGUGAAGAGCAUUUCAUCAGUUGCUUCUGAAUAGAGAGGGACCCGGGUGGAGAAAAGAGGGGUAAGUUAUCAUCCAGCCGGGAAGACUGCAGGGCUUCUCUCCCUUCUGUGAGUCCCCUGCUACUCAGGCCCUGCCUGUAAUGCAGAAGGAGAGCCCUUGAGGUGGGGCCCGGCAGGCAGGGUGCUACAGGGGGUUGGUGCCAAGGUGGGAGGCAAAGCAGAAGGGUUUAUUCCCACAAAAGAAGUAUCCUUCAAGGGUUGAGAACUUGCAGGGCGAUUCUCUUGGGUCUAGCAAUUAAGUGGAGGGAAAGAUGCAAAGCAAAGGUUUUUGCAUGUCAUAUCCUGCCCACUGCUGCUGUCAUCAAUUGCUCCCCACCACGACAGUUCAUAGAAGGAGUUGAAGGGCUUUAUCGCACACUGAGCCCAAAGUCACCUGCAGCAGGUCCCUGGCUCAGGUCUAGAGCAUGCUCCAGGUCCUGAUUUCACCUGUCUGGAAAUCAGCUGUCUGAGGCUUUCAGAGAGUGCAGAGGGCGGGCCAGCCCCUCCCCACGCCUAUGCCAGUUUCCACUUGGUGUGUGCGUGCAGCUUCUUCUCCAGCACAGCAGUUCCUGCUUACACCUGAGAGUGAGAACACUGGUGCUCUAGGAUUAGGGAUGUGGAAAUUGCUUAGCAAGCUACGCAGUGUUCACCUCGUUGCUGAUGGCGCUGGCCUAUUUGCUUCCCAAAGCUUCUCCUCCCUACUGUGUGGUGCUCACCUGUCCUCAGUGCCUCAGAAAAGAAACAAGCUGGCCCACCCUGUGCUCAGUGCUAGUAAAAUCCCUUUUUAAAUUGGGUCCAUUCUGAGCGGAGCGAGGUUUCCCAGACCAAACCUUCCUUGCCAGCAGGCUCCAGCCUCCCCUCUCUUCUGGCCUCGCUGGGGAUGGUGAGACCAGCUCCUGCAUCACUACAGUGUGCUGCAGCAAACCGGCUGCCCUUGGAAGGAUGGAUACCUUAAUAUCUGGGUUCAGAUGGAAGCAGGCGUGAAAGGGAGCUCGGGAGGGCUGGGCCAUGGGGAAGUGAGGCUAGUGAAUGAGGGUUAUAGCUCUGGCAGUGCUAACGAGCCACAUUUCCCUAACAGAUUGUAGCAUUUGCUGUUGACCUCUUUUGCGAUGAACUCUGCCAUGGGACCUGCCAGACAGCACUCAGGCAUGGAGGAAAUUCAUACAGAAAAUGGCUCACCCUGAUAGGGAAGGAGUGACUGUGUUUUAAAUUAAACUUGCUUUCUCCAACACUGUGAGGUUUCUAUAAUGUUAGCUUUUGUUUGGAAGCGAUAGCGUAUGGCAUUUUUAUGCUGCUGGGUUUAUAUUGUCUGCUGCAGGCUUCUUUAUAUAAGUGCUGCCUAGGAGCGCCCUCUCCUGGACACUGUUACAAAGUGUCACAGCUGCCUGCACUCCUGCCACGUUUCUAGGUGGCUUUGGCUAGUGACUUGUGCUGGGAGAGCCCAUGAACAUGAGAGGAGUGGAAGGAAAGUGCAGAUUGUGCCUCAUCAUGAAUCCUGUUUAUAAUUCUAGAACGAGAACCUCCAAGACAAGCACCAAUAGAGUACCUCGCCCCUGCAGCUGCCCAGGGGGAAACACUUACCAUAAAAACAUAGUAACUAAAAGAUCUUCAAAUUUAAUUUUUAAGAGCGAUUUAUGCCAAAUACUAUAAGGAUUAUUAAGCAGGUUAGGAAUUUUGUAAAGUAAGGGCUUAAUACACCAGAGCACCCCUGUGUGAAAUUGAUAAAACCAUUUAUAAUGAGUUAGAACAGAUACCAGCAUCAGAGUUCCCUGAUUACACCUAGUGAAGGUGGCCCCUGCAGCCCGGACCUCAGGUACCAGAAGCCACAGCACUGGAUGUUGCUAUUAAGUGAGCACUUAGGAAGAUUUUUAUAACAGAAGAGUUGUUGCGCACUGCUUGAAACAGUGGCUUUUGUGAGGAAAAUAUCCCAUUGCCUUUAUUUACACAUUGAAGUAGAUGAAUGUCUCUGUUGCAUCUUAUAUUGAAACAUUCUAAAGAGAAGAAAAAACCAGAACAGGUACAAGUUGAUUAGCUGCUGCCAAAUGAAGCUCAAGAUCAUCUGCUGAAUUUUCAGGGGCCUGCUUCUCUCCCAGGGUGGGUAGUGAAAGUCCUGCUCUAGAAACCCUUGGCCAUUGGCUGGUGUGUUUACUUUUUGCCCUCAGGAGCUGAGAUGAAUGCACCCUGGCCCUCAGAAAAAUUUCUUACCUCAGUCCAGCCCAACCCUCAGACCAGUGCUUGCGUGCCAGCAGCCCCCGCGCUAGCUAGCGUGAGUACUGUGGGGCACGCCCUUGGCAGUAGCAGUGAAGCUCUUGGGUCAGCCCUUCCUGGGCUGGGGCAGGGACGGCGCUGCACUGUGAACAAUUUCCAGGCAUCUCUUCAAAUGUCAUGAAUAAAAGUAGAAACUGUACAAGUGUUAAUGUGUCCUAUGGACUCAAUAGCAGAGUUUAUUUUUGUUUUUAACUGCGAGGCUUCUAGAGUCAAUGAUUGUAUCAGUUCCUUGCUCUGGCUGUGCUUGCAGCUCCAUCCAAGUACAAAGGAAGGACCCAUGUGGUGGCUUGGCUAGCAGUGGGGUGUCCCCUAGCAUGAGCCCAAGAAAAGUGACAGUAGUGUGGAAGGAAA